CUGAUUCUCUGUCCCAGUCAUGGGAGCUUUCUUUCUAUAAAAAAUCUUACUUUUUAUUUAACAUGGUGUUUACACUGACACAACUCUCCCCCCAACCAAACAAAAAUAAAAAGGCCCAACUUCGUGAGUACUCCACCAACACGAUUGAGUUUUGGAGAGUAGUUGGUGUAUCAGGAAAUUUGGAAGGUUCGCUGCCAUUUAUAACACGUGGACCAACCUCACCUACACAAUUCUUCUUACGUUACGACUAUUUUACUACUAGUCUACAACAACGUUGUCACUUACCAGUUACCACAGAUCAAGAGAGAGAUAGAGAGACAAAGAUGAGGAAGAGCAUAAGCGAAGUCGGAGUGGAGGACUUUGUGAAGGCAGGGCUAACCAUAGAGGAGGCCAAAGAAUUCCAAAGGGUACUCAAAGAAGCAGUUUUUGGAGCCAAAGGGUCUGACCCAAGAGAGGUUUGGCGAUCACUGGUGGCUCAAAGGGUGCUAAAGCCAUGGCACCCACAUGCGCUGCAUCAGCUAGUCUACUACUCGGUCUAUGCCAAUUGGGACUCCCUCACCAAUGGUCCUCCUCUCUACUGGUUCCCUUCUCUAGAUCAGUCUAAACAUACAAACUUGGGACGUUUGAUGGAAAAGUAUGGUUCAAAGCUAUUAGAAACAUCAUACAAGGAUCCUAUUACAAGUUUCAGCCACUUUCAGAACUUCUCUGCUCAGCAUCCUGAGGAUUACUGGUCUAUUGUUCUAAAAGAGCUUUCAGUUUCAUUUCAUGAGGCCCCAAAGUACAUUUUAGAUACUUCCAACAAAUCGAAACAAGGGGGAACAUGGUUUCCAGGUUCAGUUUUGAAUAUUGCUGAGUGUUGUUUGCUACCUAGAACUCAUCCAAGAAAAGAAGAUGACAGUGUGGCUAUUGUGUGGAGGGAUGAAGGCUGUGAUGAUUCCAAUAUUAAUCACAUGACACUGAAAGAACUUCGAGAACGAGUAAUGUUGGUGGCAAAUGCACUGGAUGCAGUAUUUUCAAAGGGUGAUGCAAUUGCAAUUGAUAUGCCAAUGACAAUCAAUGCAGUUAUCAUAUAUUUGGCAAUUAUACUAGCAGGAUUUAUUGUUGUAUCAAUAGCUGACAGUUUUGCAGCAAAGGAAAUUGCAACUCGUUUGCGUGUGUCAAAAGCAAAGGGUAUCUUCACUAAGGAUUUUAUAUUAAGAGGAGGCAGGAAGUUUCCUUUGUACAGUCGAGUUGUAGAAGCUGCUCCUUAUAAAGCUAUAGCGCUCCCUGUUAUUGGUAAUGAUGUGGGCAUUCAGUUAAGAGAACAGGAUAUGUCGUGGAAAGAAUUUCUUUCUAGUGCCAAUCACCAUCCGAGAUCAAAUAAUUAUAUUCCAGUCUAUCAACCAGUGGAAUCUGUGAUUAAUAUACUUUUUUCAUCUGGAACCACAGGAGAACCAAAAGCUAUUCCAUGGACACAGCUUUCACCAAUUCGAUGUGCUGCUGAUUCAUGGGCUCACAUUGAUGUUCAAGUUGGAGAUAUUUUCUGCUGGCCCACAAAUUUGGGAUGGGUGAUGGGACCGAUCUUACUCUACUCUUGCUUUCUAUCUGGUGCAACUCUUGCACUCUAUCAUGGAUCACCUCUUGGCCAUGGCUUUGGAAAAUUUGUUCAGGAUGCAGGAGUGACUAUUUUGGGUACAGUUCCCAGCAUAGUAAAAGCUUGGAAGAAUACAGAAUGUAUGAAAGGCUUAGAUUGGACAAGGAUAAAAUCAUUUGGAUCCACAGGGGAAGCAUCCAAUGUUGAUGAUGACCUUUGGCUUUCUUCACAAUCUUAUUACAACCCCAUUAUAGAAUGUUGUGGUGGCACAGAACUUGCGUCAUCUUAUAUCCAAGGAUGUCCGCUGCAGCCGCAAGCUUUUGGAACCUUUAGCACAGCAUCAAUGACAACAGGCUUUGUCAUCCUUGAUGAACAUGGGAUACCAUAUCAUGAUCAAGCUUGUGUUGGUGAAGUUGGUUUAUUCCCCCUAUACAUGGGAGCAACUGAGAGAUUGCUUAAUGCCGAUCAUGAUGAAGUUUAUUUCAAGGGAAUGCCAAUGUACAAAGGAAUGCACCUCAGGAGACAUGGAGAUAUCAUUAAGAGAACUGUUGGAGGAUAUUUCACUGUUCAGGGUAGGGCUGAUGACACUAUGAACAUUGGAGGCAUUAAGACAAGUUCUGUUGAAAUUGAGCGUGUAUGUGACCGUGCUGAUGAAUGCAUCUUGGAGACUGCUGCAAUCAGUGUUGCACCCGUAGAUGGUGGUCCAGAACAGUUGUUCAUAUUUGUAGUCUUAAAGAAAGGAUCUUCUAUUGAACCAGACAAGCUGAAAAUCCUUUUCUCAAGGACAAUUCAGAGCAACCUCAACCCGUUGUUUAAGGUGAAUUAUGUUAAGAUUGUUCCGGAGUUUCCUAGAACGGCUUCUAACAAGUUACUGAGAAGGGUUCUAAGAGACCAAAUAAAGCAUGAGCUCUCAACUCGGAGUAAAAUUUAAUGUGAACAUCAUCAAUUUUGUCAUGCACAAAAAUAUCAAUAAGGUCAUUAAUGUGAGGUGAAUUUUGAGAAUUGAGAUGGUUGAAUUAGUGAAACAUGUAAAUAGAAUAUGAAAUGGUUGAGAAAUAUGUUACAUGUUGAUGGAAAUCUGUGGUUAAAUUUGACUAUAGGCAUAUUGCCCUAUAAAGUGUGACUAGAAUAUAGUCAUUUUUUGUAGAGCAGCAGAUGUUUUAGGUGCAAGCUGUUCGCUGAAUAGUCUACAUUGGGAUUUGAGAAA